CUCAGCCUAGAAUAUCUUCAUCGGUAUUUACCAAUUUACUCACGAUACUCUGAAGCGUAUACAUAUGCCAUAUGGGAAAUGACUUCAUAGCUGUGGGUUGUCUUAUGGCUCCUUGAAUUUGCAGUAGUCUGCCUGUACCUAUUGGCUGAAGCAGAGCUGACCCCCACUUUAUCAAGAGUUGCUCAACAAUGGACACUGGCUGCCUGUCAUCUAUGAAUAUUACUGGAGCUAGCCAGGCAAGAUCUUUUGCGGGGCAACUUCCUCCUCAGAGAUGUUUUGCGAGUAGUCACUAUACAAGCUUUGCCGUGAAAAAACUUGUCUCAAGGAAUAAAGGAAGGAGAUCACACCGUAGACAUCCUGCCUUGCAGGUUGUCUGCAAGGAUUUUCCAAGACCUCCACUAGAAAGCACAAUAAACUAUUUGGAAGCUGGACAGCUCUCUUCAUUUUUUAGAAACAGCGAACGCCCCAGUAAGCCGUUGCAGGUCGUGGUUGCUGGUGCAGGAUUGGCUGGUCUAUCAACAGCGGAGUAUCUGGCAGAUGCUGGCCAUAAACCCAUAUUGCUUGAGGCAAGAGAUGUUUUGGGUGGAAAGGUAGCUGCUUGGAAGGAUGAAGAUGGAGAUUGGUACGAGACUGGGCUUCAUAUAUUUUUUGGAGCUUAUCCCAACAUACAGAAUCUGUUUGGCGAGCUUAGGAUUGAGGAUCGUUUACAGUGGAAAGAACACUCUAUGAUAUUCGCCAUGCCAAACAAGCCAGGAGAAUUCAGCCGGUUUGAUUUCCCAGAAACUUUGCCAGCACCUAUAAAUGGGAUAUGGGCCAUAUUGAGAAACAAUGAAAUGCUUACUUGGCCGGAGAAGGUGAAGUUUGCAAUCGGACUUCUGCCAGCAAUGGUUGGUGGUCAACCUUAUGUUGAAGCUCAAGAUGGCUUAACCGUUUCAGAAUGGAUGAAAAAGCAGGUAUGAGUUAAAUAUGC